AUGUCUUCUGACGAUGAAAUGAAUGUUGUUUUGCAAGAGGAAGCGCCUGCCCGUACUACUAGUAGGCAUCCUCCUUCGAACGGUCGGUCUCAGGCUCGAAAGAACGUGACAAGGACUUCCCCACGACCAAGCGGCACACGGAGACCUGGUCUAGUACCAGAGCCUCAUGGUAGCUCAUCUGUGCUAGAAGAAGAUCCUGAUAUAAUAGCCAUCGAUCCACCGCAGAACAUGAAGGGAAAUAAAGGGAAAUCACGUCAAAAAGUCGUCGAAACUACUACAGUGAAUAGUAAGAGAAGUUCUGCGAAAGGCAAAGCUCCCGUUGGAGGGUCGAAGUCGUCUCGCAAGGGUGCUGCGAGCACUACUGCAUCGAUGGACGUUGUUAUGCCUGAAGAGAUUGAGAGCGAAGAUGAAGUUACUUAUCAGCCUCAGCCAGCAGUGCGCGAAGAAGCAGGUCAGAGCCCAAAGCCAAAGGUUCCUUUUAGACCUUCCAGAGAUAAAGUAGCAUCUCUGUCGAACGAAGUAGAUCGCUGGAAGCAAAAGGCGACUGACCUUGAAUCUCAGAAAGAUGCACUCUCCAAACAAUUGGAAGAACUUUUCCUUAUCAGACACACUGAGGCCGAGCAAGCAGUCCAACAUCUCACACUACAAUAUGAAACGAGGAUAAAAGGCAAGAGCCUCGUCAAAGAAUUGACAUCACAGCUAGCGAGAGUCGAACCGUUAGCUCGUACUGCACAAACGGCCGCGCUGCAUUUCCUUACACGAGAGGCAGCCGACGAGGAAAAAAGGACCCUCGAAGAAGAAAUGGAACAGUUGCGAAGCGUCGUCAAAAAGAAGGACAACCUCUUAACCGAGAAAACAGGUCAAAUAAAUGACCUCGAGAAAUCGGUAAAAGACUCCCGUCUUGAACUCGAGGCAGAAAUCGACAGGUCGAAGGAGCUUUUAGCUAAAGUGUCCCGAAACCCACCCCCUUCUGCCUCUCGCGUUCCAGCUCGAAGACCGUUGGGAGCAGAUGAUCCCAAACACGUGGAAGUGAUAAAGUUCUACGAGGAUUUAACCAACUUGCUCGUUCCAAGUCUAAAAUUCGAGCCCAACCAAUACUAUACAUCUGAAGAUGAUACGACUUUCACUUGCGUCUACACUUACGUUUCCCCCGAAGACAUCCCCAAAAAUACGCCAGAGUGGCGAGAAAAGAGCAUCAGCUUCACAUUGCGUAUAUUUUAUGAUCUCGUCGACGAAGCAAGUGAAUUUUUGACGGCAGGAGGGCCCAAACAACAGCGCGUCAAAUACACGCCAUUGGAGUUGGAUAAAGAAUCAGAGGAAUUCGUAAAAAAACUCGAGUUCUUAAAUGAUGCUUUUACUUUUCCUAGAUCACAAUUAGCUCUCUUCCUCAAGACGGUGCGCGACCAAUUAGACCGAGCUUUCAAUGGUUCCGACGAGGAAGAGGGAACACCAUAA